AUGGCGGCCCAAUGCGAGGAUGAAAUGGUGUUCCUUGAGACCGCAAUAAUCUUCAUCGUGGACGAUUAUGGAGCGAAACACGAGGCAAGGGCAUUACUCGAUUCAGGUUCGAUGUCCAAUUUCCUUUCGGAAUCACUGGCUCGGAAGCUAGUGACCCCUCGUACAAGGGUGGAUGUUUCUAUCUCUGGCAUCGGAAAGGCUACACAGCAUGUGAAGGGUUCGAUCACUGCGUUUAUUCGAUCCAAUGAUCUGCACUUCGCCACACCGUUAGAGUUCCUCAUCCUAGAAACACCAUCUGCGGACAUUCCCACUUCAGCAAUCGACGUGUCUUCGUGGAAUGUGCCCAACGAACCACUCGCGGAUCCUACGUAUCACGUUCCAGGCAAGGUGGAUGUCGUCAUCGGUGGUGAUACGUUCUGGGAAUUGCACACUGGGCGUAAACGUUCAUUAGGCGCGGGUAAGCCGUGGCUAGUGGAAAACCAAUUUGGCUGGGCUGUCGCCGGGAAUACUACGCAGUCAUCUCAUACCCCUCGUGUAUGUCACAUUGCAACGAAUGAUGGUCCCUUGGAUGCGCUGAUGGAACGUUUCUGGGAGAGCGAAACCAUCUCCGAUGAGCCCGCUCUAUCUGUAGAAGAAGAUAUAUGUGAAAAGCAUUUCAUGGGCAACACAACUCGAGACGAUACGGGAAGGUAUGUUGUUAGCUUACCACACAAAACUAAUCUUAGCAUCAUUUUAGGAGCCUCAAAGAAAAUUGCAGACCGUCGUCUUCUGUCGGUGGAACGGCGACUGAAAGAAGAUCCUAAAAUGAGGGAAGCAUACGCGUCAUUCAUGGAAGAGUAUGAACGGUUGGGCCACAUGAUAAGACUCACGGAGCCAAUUGAUGAAUCGCAUCCUCAUUAUUAUUUACCGCACCACGCUGUUGUGAAAGAGUCCAGCACGUCCACCAAGGUUCGUGUUGUGUUUGACGCGUCGUGCAAGACCAGUUCAGGAUAUUCGUUGAAUGAUUCACUGUUAGUUGGACCUGUCGUUCAACAAGACCUGUACACGUUAAUGCUUUGGUUUCGGUCACAUACUAUCGCGCUAUGGAGAACUAUGGAGAAAAUGUACCGUCAAAUACGUCAUCACCCCGCGGAUAGAAAUUUCCUUCGCAAUCGGUACAGAACGGAUCCUUCAGAGCCCAUAGCAACUUUCGAAUUACAAACCGUAACGUAUGGGACUGCAUCUGCUCCUUUCUUGGCCACACGGACUCUGAAGCAAAUUGCCCACGAUCAUAGCGAACAGUAUCCUCGCGCGGUGACACCAGUGCUUCGAGAUUUCUACGUGGAUGAUCUGUUGACGGGAACAGAUGAUUUGUCAGAAGCGAUCGAAAUGCAGAGGCAAAUUUCGUCAAUGUUACGUUCGGCUGGGUUCUCGUUGAAGAAAUGGGCAUCGAAUAAUCCAAAAGCGCUGGAUGGAAUUCCGCAGGAAGAUUUGGCACUGCAAACUUCACACGAAUGGAACAAAUCACAAUUUGUUUCCCCCUUGGGUCUAAACUGGGAGCCAGCGGAAGACAUGCUUCGAUUUCGUAUCGAGCUACCACCUGCCGCAUCAUCAUUAACAAAGCGGUUAGUAUUGUCGUACAUCGCUAAGAUUUUCGAUGUUCUCGGACCAACGAUAGUUCUUGCCAAACUAUUUAUGCAGCAGUUAUGGUCGCUCAAGGUAAAUGGAAUUGCGCUGGAUUGGGAUAGCAAGUUACCUGCGAACCUUCAGCAAGAGUGGAAUAAGUAUCACUCCACGCUACAAUCACUUCGGGAGCUGCGCAUUCCAAGGUUCACUUCGCUUCGAAAGGCAACGGCUCUUCAGUUGCACGUCUUCGCGGAUGCUUCAUAA